AUGGGGAAUUCCAUCAAUGUGGAUAUAGAUUUAAUCCCUAAACCUUACGAUAAAUAAUUAUAACUAUAUCCAGAUUUAGCAUAUAUGGCACCAGAAUUAACUUUGAAUCCAUCAUUAGGAUCGUAUUAAUCAGAUAUCUUUUCAUUAGGAUUGAUAUUAUCAGGUUUAAUUAGGUUACAAUUAACAGGAAUGAAAGAUUUGAUUUUAUUCCAGAUAUCACACAUCACCUAAUAUUCAUCUAGUUUUGAGUGCCUAUUGCCAUUUAUAUAAAAAAGCCCCUUUUUUUCUUAGAUUCAAGAUCAAUCAUUAAAAGACCUUAUCAUUAAGAUGCUUAGUAAAGAAUUAAGUUAAAGACCUGCGAUUAUAGAUAUCUAUCAUCAUGAAUUCUUUUUAGACCCUUUGAUUAGGUUGAUGCAUUCACUUAGAUAAUUUCAAUAAUUCGAUGCUGAGUAGUAGGCUGCUUUACUCAAAUAAAUAUCAAAAAGCAUUUAUAAAUUUGAAAGGUAAGUAAUUGUGAAAAAUAUAUUACCAAAUAUAAUGCCUUUGAUAACGAAUGAAAAAUUGAUGCAACACGUAAUAUUCAUCGCUAUUGAUGUUUCUAAAAUGCCUGAUUAAGCAAUUUAAGAGAAAUAUAUUGGUUUGUGUUGGAAUAAUAUUAAAAAGGUCUCUGGACUUCCAAGUAUGCCUGCUCAAGCCCUUUAUUGUUUGGUUUAAAAUAUCAAACAAUUUUAUGAGAUAAAACUACCUGACAGUGAAAUAUAAGCACAUCUAGUUCCACUGUAUGUUAAAUGUUUUGAAUCUGACGUGGCAAAACUAUAAGAAGUUGCUCUAAGUCAAACCUAAAUGAUAAUGGAAAAGAUAGAAUAUUAAUACACAAAAAAUAAGAUUCUUCCUAGAUUACUUCAAUUAUGCUUGGAUUCAUCCAAUAAGGAGGUUAAUCUAUUGGCAUUAUAAGUAUUGAGCAAAACAUAGCACAUAUUUGAUAAAGUUUCUAUUUCAGAUAAUAUUUUACCAACAUUAGAAAAGUUUAGAAAAAUGACAGCCCCUACCAAAAUUUAAGCAUAAUUACUUUUAGAAAUCUAUAAAUCAUUUUUAUAACACCUAAACUACGAAUAAAUUGUAACAAGAUUGCUUCCUUAAUUGUUGCCUUAUAUAAUUGAAUUGAAUAUUGGGAAAUCAUUGAUUUAGAAAUAUUCAGAAUUGCUCUAAAGUUUAAUUUAGAAAAUUGCAGUUGAGAGAAUGUCAUGUUUACCUGAGGAUACAGAUGAAUAAUAAUAAUAGUAGUAAUAGUAAUAAUAGUAAUAAUAAUAGUAGUAAUAGUAAUAAUAAUAGUAACAAUAAUAAUAGUAAUAGUAAUAAUAAUAAUAAUAAUAAUAAUAAUAAUAAUAAUAAUAAUAAUAAUAAUAAUAAUAAUAAUAAUAAUAAUAAUAAUAACAAUAAUAAUAAUCCUCAUCAUCAAGUUUAUUUUUCUAAAGAUAAAGUUCUUUGGAAAAAUCAAAUCAUUUUUAAAGUAGUGAAUUGAAUUUAGAUCAACUUUAACCUGUUUCAUAAUAGUAAAAUAAAUCAAAUAGCAGUCUUUCUCCUAUUGUAACAGGCAUACCUUAAAAUGGAAUAAAUGAAAUAUCUUAAUUAAAUAUUUAGCUGAAUCCAAUAUAAAUCGGGUAAGUUUAGUCAUAAAUAUCCCCUUACCCUGCAAACUAUCCUCCUUCUUCAAUUGGAAUACCAUAAUUUAAUUAUCAAUAAUAACCUUUAAACUUUGAUUUUUAAAUUCCAUUUGAAUAAUCUAUUCCUAAAUAGGCUAGUAUUCAAUCAACCAUAAAUUUAUUUAAUUAAGAUGAUAUAAAAUAGAAAGAUUAAUUAAGAUAGGACUUCAAUAAUCCUGUCUAAUCAAACAAUUAAUUCAUCAACUUUGAUAAUCCAUUUCAACAAAAUCAAGAUCAACAACCAAAAGGAAAUGCUAAUAAAUAUAAAGAAUUUGAUAAUAUCAAUAUUUUAGAUGAAUAAGCUCCUUAAAUAUAAUAACAACCAUCACUAAUUAAUGACAUGCAAGCAUAAUAAUAAUUUGAUUAAUAAUAAUAAUAAUAAUAAUAAUAAUAAUAAUAGGAAUAAAUAAGUAAUGUAAAUUAGGAGAAAUAAAUGAGUAUUAACAUUAAUUUUGAUCCAUUUUAGAACUGGGGGAAAUUCUGA